AUGGUUCAUGAACUUCGCUCGCCAAAGCACGUCUCCAUGUCUGCCAUGACCAGAGACCAGGAUUCCGGAUCCUUCAAUCAGCAUGGAAGCGUUACUUUCAUACUGCCCGGCUGCAAAACCCAACAUUUUGUUAUCGCAACCGACAGUGGGAAGCGGGCCAAGAUGUUUGGUGUCUUGGUAGGGAAACGAGCUUCCUCAUCGAUGUUAGCUCCAUUUUUCGAUUGGGAUCUUCUACAGGCACAAGUGCAGCUGGUAGUCUCUACACUUCUUGGACUCGCCGGAACUGCGAUUGCUUCGGAUGUUCUGAGUGUCGCCUUUUAUGCCAAGGAGAAGAACCAACUGUACGACUUCAUCUCGGCCAACAGCGAAGUCGACUAUGGCUGCCGUCCUGUCGUCCUGGCCGCCAGAGGAGAGCAUAAGCUCCAUGCGGUCAUUUCAGAAGACCGCUACGACCACUUCAAGAGGAACUUGGAUCCUGAGGUCGUACGUAUAGAGACCCUGCACAACUUGAACAAGCGUCAGACUGCCACCGCACCAAUCGGAAAAGGUGAUCGCUUCAAGGGCGGAGAGGUCGCACCCCGAGGCUUGGGCUCCAGAAACUCUAGCGAAUAUGCUGCGAUUCAGAGCGCUGGCAUUCUCAACGCUGAUGAGGUGUACACGGCAAUGAAAGGUCUUGAGAAAGAGUAUGGAAUGCCCCUAUUCACUGCGCCUCACAAGACUUACGAGAAUGCCACGGUCAUUGGUGGCGUUGCCAACAAGGCGGAAAAGAUGAAGAAGGACAAGCAGUACAUUUACUUCAUCAGUGGUAUUCAUGCCAGAGAACGAGGUGGUCCCGACAACCUCAUCUACUUCAUUUCUGAUCUCCUCUAUGCCAAUAAACACCGCAAGGGCCUUACAUACGGCAACAAGACAUUCUCCAACAAAGACGUCAAGACUGCUCUCAGCGCUGGAAUCGUCUUCCUCCCCAUGACCAACCCCGACGGUGUUCGCCACGACCAAGCCAAUAGCAAUCUGUGGCGCAAGAACCGCAACCCAGCCAGCUCCACGCCCAACAAUCCUCUCAGUGUCGGUGUGGAUCUCAACCGCAACUUUGACUUCUUGUGGGACUUCCCCAAGCACUUUGACCCAAGCGUUGCUCCCGCUUCCACAAAUGCCUCCUCCCAGGCCUUCUACGGCACCGCGCCCUUCUCAGAGCCUGAGAGCAAGAACGUAGCUUCCGUCUACGACCAAUUCCCCAAUAUCAGGUGGUACAUGGAUGUCCACUCUGCAGCUGGAACCCUCCUCUACUCAUGGGGCGACGAUGACAAUCAGUCCCACGAUCCCAAGCAAAACCUCAACAAUCCCGCUUUCGACGGCAAGCGCGGCAUUGUCAACGACGACGUGUACAAAGAGUACAUCGACCAAGCCGACUGGGACAACAUCCGCCUCCAAGCCAACCGCACAACAAACGCAAUGGUCUCUGUCGGCGGACGAUCUUAUGUACCCCAGCAAGCGGUCGGGUUGUAUCCCACGUCUGGUGCAACCGACGACUAUGCAUUCAGCAGGUGGCACACCAACAAGAACGUCAACAAGGUCUACGGCUACACGCUCGAAUUUGGAUAUUCCACAAACUUUUACCCCACGAGCGAGGAGUAUAUUCAGAAUAUUAUUGAUACGAAUGCUGGGUUCAUGGAAUUUAUCCUGACAGCGGUGGAAAUUGGUCUUAAGGAUUAG